AACGUGUGAUUCAUUUCAUUAACGUAGUACUUCUCUAGGUAUUCAAACCCUAGAAGCAUCGUAUCCCUCCAGGCUCCAAGCGUACGUUAUCGCAACUUCGAUCAAUCGAGAGAGAGAGAGAGAGAGAUAGAGAGAAUAUGCCGAAGAAACUGGGCGUGAACAGCAAAGCCGAGGAGGCUAGGGCUCGGAAGAACGCCACCGAAUCCGAUCGCAAAGAGCGCGAGUGCCGGGAGAAAGAGGACCAGUACUGGCGCGAAGCCGAGGGCGCAAAGUCGCGCGCCGCCAAGAAGCGUGAGGAGGAGGCAGAGAAGCGCGCCGAGGCCGCCACUCGCAAAGCCGAGGCGCGCCGGAUCGCCGAGCUUGAGGAGAAGGAGCUCGAGAAAGCUGGGAAGAAGCCCGAUAAGAAGGCCACCCGCGUGUCCAUCCCAGUCCCCAAGGUCACCGAGGCGGAGCUCAGGCGGCGCCGCGAGGAGGAGCAGGCGCAGCUUACCAAGAGAGCGGAGGAAGCAAAGCGGCGCCAGAGCCGGACUCAGGGAGAGGAGGAGUAUGAGAAGAUUGUACUUGUUGCUAAUACCAAUCGUGAUGAUUCGAUUAUCGAGGCGAGAUCGGUUGAGGAUGCGAUUGCGAAGAUGGUGGUUGCGGAUACCUUGCCUGUGGAUAGGCAUCCCGAAAGGAGACUCAAGGCAUCGUUCAAGGUUUUCGAAGAAGCUGAGCUUCCCAGGCUGAAGGAAGAAAAACCAGGUCUUACUCACACCCAGUACAAGGACAUGAUAUGGAAGCUUUGGAAAAAGUCUCCAGACAAUCCUUUGAACCAGGUGCAGAUUUCAGAGUGAUAAACUCUUGCAUCUCCAGACACAAUGGCUGACAAAUUCCGUAGUUUCACUUUGAAUGAGGCUGCAGUGUUGCGAGUCUGUGGGCAUAUUUAACUAUUGAGGGCUUCUGUAGUAAAUAUGAGUAUGGCGUGUCCAAACUUUAGUAAAAAGCCAGAUUGCUGUAAUUAUGCUUUUCUUCCAAUAAGUUCCCUGUAUGUGAUUGCGAUUAUUGGCCGCUUUUGUUCAGUUAAUAUUGUCGCUGUAAACAUUUGAUUGUGGCGAUCCAUACUGCAAGAAUCAGCAGUUAUUGAAAUGCUUUUGUUGCCGUUUCAAAAAUAAAAAUAAAAAAUGCUUUUGUGUCCAA